AUGAAUGCCAGCAGCACACCAGUCUUUCUUAAAAUCCCUAAUGGAUUUGAUGUCAUAGGUUGUGUGGUGCAAUUUGCACAGCGUUUCGGGGUUUCUGUAACUGUGCUUACUGGCCAGGGACUCAUUUCUGAUGUUUUUGUUGCGUAUCCACCUGGUGCAAUCCCUCCGCCAUGCGUUUCUACAAGCUUCCAGAUAAUUUCGUUUUCUGGGACUUACCGUUGUUUGGAUGCUGAUUCUGGAGACAUUAUUAGUUAUUUCCAUGUUCAAUUUGCAGAUGGUGCAAAUAAUGUUAUGGGAGGACAGGUUCUCUCUCACAUGAAAGCAGCAAGUACUGUUACGCUUGUUCUUGCCGUUUCUGCACAAGUCUGA